GCCGCAGCUCGCAGGCCCGCCCCGGCCCGCCCCUCCGCGCUUCUCUGGCAGCGGCAACGCGGAGCCGGUGUCCCCCAAGCCUGGUGUGGGAGUGCAGCGGGGCAGCAUCGCCGAACCCGAAGCGGAGCGCUCGCCUCCGGCCCCGCGCUCCCCGCCUCCCGCCUUCUCGGGCCGGCGGCGGGCGAGCUCGCGGGCCCGGUCCCAGCUCUCCGGUACCCCGCCGGUUGCCGGCGGUCCCCGCCCCCCGCCGAGUGCAUGAGGUUGACGCUACUUUGUUGCACCUGGAGGGAAGAACGUAUGGGAGAGGAAGGAAGCGAGUUGCCUGUGUGUGCAAGCUGUGGCCAGAGGAUCUAUGACGGCCAGUACCUCCAGGCCCUGAAUGCUGACUGGCAUGCGGACUGCUUCAGGUGCUGUGAGUGUAGCGCCUCCCUCUCCCACCAAUACUACGAGAAGGAUGGACAGCUCUUCUGCAAGAAGGACUACUGGGCCCGCUAUGGCGAGUCUUGCCACGGGUGCUCUGAACACAUCACCAAAGGGCUGGUCAUGGUGGCCGGGGAGCUGAAGUACCACCCCGAGUGCUUCAUCUGCCUCGCCUGUGGGACCUUCAUCGGCGAUGGGGACACCUACACACUGGUGGAACACUCCAAGCUGUACUGCGGGCAGUGCUACUACCAGACCGUGGUGACUCCAGUCAUUGAACAGAUCCUGCCAGACUCACCCGGCUCCCACCUGCCCCACACCGUCACCCUAGUGUCUAUCCCAGCUUCUGCCCACGGCAGACGAGGCCUGUCUGUCUCCAUCGACCCCCCUCACGGCCCACCAGGAUGUGGCACCGAGCACUCGCACACCGUCCGAGUGCAAGGAGUGGACCCGGGCUGCAUGAGCCCUGAUGUGAAGAACUCCAUCCACGUCGGAGACCGUAUCUUGGAGAUCAACGGCACGCCCAUCCGGAAUGUGCCGCUGGACGAGAUCGACUUGCUGAUCCAGGAGACCAGCCGCCUGCUCCAGCUGACCCUUGAGCACGACCCCCACGACUCCCUGGGCCAUGGGCCAGUGUCGGAUCCCAGCCCCCUGAGCUCCCCCGUGCCCACUCCCAGCGGACAGGCAGGCAGUUCUGCCCGGCAGAAACCUGUCUUGAGGAGCUGCAGUAUUGACACGUCCCCGGGUGCCGGCUCACCAGCCUCCCAGCGCAAGGACCUGGGUCGCUCCGAGUCCCUCCGAGUGGUCUGUCGACCGCACCGCAUCUUCCGGCCGUCUGACCUCAUCCACGGCGAGGUGUUGGGCAAGGGCUGUUUCGGCCAGGCCAUCAAGGUGACACACCGGGAAACAGGCGAGGUGAUGGUGAUGAAGGAACUUAUCCGGUUUGACGAGGAGACUCAGAGGACAUUCCUCAAGGAGGUGAAGGUCAUGCGGUGCCUGGAGCACCCUAACGUGCUCAAGUUCAUCGGGGUGCUGUACAAGGACAAGAGGCUGAACUUCAUCACAGAGUACAUUAAGGGCGGCACCCUGCGGGGCAUCAUCAAGAGCAUGGACAGCCAGUACCCGUGGAGUCAGAGGGUCAGCUUUGCCAAGGACAUUGCAUCAGGGAUGGCCUACCUCCACUCAAUGAACAUCAUCCAUCGAGACCUCAACUCCCACAACUGUCUGGUCCGUGAGAACAGGAACGUGGUGGUGGCCGACUUCGGGCUGGCUCGACUCAUGAUCGAUGAGAAGAAUCAGUCUGAAGACUUGCGCAGCCUUAAGAAGCCGGACCGCAAGAAGCGGUACACAGUGGUGGGCAACCCCUAUUGGAUGGCGCCAGAGAUGAUCAACGGUCGCAGCUAUGAUGAGAAGGUGGACGUGUUCUCCUUUGGAAUUGUCCUCUGUGAGAUUAUUGGGCGUGUGAAUGCAGACCCUGAUUAUCUGCCCCGCACUAUGGACUUUGGCCUCAAUGUAAGGGGUUUCCUGGACCGCUACUGCCCACCAAACUGUCCCCCGAGUUUCUUCCCCAUCACUGUGCGCUGCUGUGACCUGGAUCCUGAGAAGAGGCCCUCUUUCGUAAAGCUGGAACAAUGGCUAGAAACACUUCGCAUGCACUUGGCUGGUCACCUGCCACUGGGCGCACAACUGGAACAGCUGGAGCGGGGCUUCUGGGAGACCUACCGGCGGGGCGAGAGUUCACUGCCUGCCCACCCCGAGGUCCCUGACUGACCACAGUGUGCCCCACCAUCUGCAUCCCUGCCUCUGGAGACUAUACCCUCACCAGAUUCCUCAGCAGGGCGUGGCCUAGGCAUGGAGCCCUCAGCCAAGGCAGUGAUGCCCAUCCCCAUACCCCCAGACCCAGGCCCUGACCUGCCUUUUCCCCUCAUGCAGGGUGCCCCCCAGCCUCUCUCUGCCUCUGGCCCCCGAGUCAUGAGGCUGCGCGCACACACACGGUCGGCCACUUUGCCCUGCCUUACCCCCCGUGCUGUGGGGCCAACCCCACGUGUCUUUGCAUGAGCUAGAGGGUCUGGAAGCCGGGCCCAUUCCAUGCAGCCUGCAGCCGUCUGCACACGCACCUGCUGGCAGCACCCCCCCAGCAAGGCUGGGCUAGAAGGCAGCUUUAGAAGUGAGCCCCUAGUGCCAAGGGAGAGGCGCUGUGCCCAGGAACCCAAGGGGAGUCCAGGAUCCCCUUGGGCAAAUCUAGGUAGCAUCAGGUAUUGACGGGAAUCUAAAUCCCAAAGCAGAGAGAGAGAGAGAGAGAGGUCCAAUCCCAUGUGGCCAGGCAGUGGCCCUCGCUCUUGCUUGGUGUCCAUCUCAUUUCUUGAUCAAAGCCACUUUAGUGAGAAAUAGGUACCAGUCCUCAGGAUGAGCCAGGAUCCCUCAGGGGAGAGGGCAGAUGCCAGGGAUCCAGCUGACAGGGAGGGUCUGCCCACACUGCAGAGGCUGGGCAGAGGGAGUGAGGCCGCCACCCACCAGCACCCAGCCCUCUAGGUUCAUCUCAGCACCUGUCCCAGGCCCCUCGCCAUGGCUGGAGCAGCCCUACCCCCUCCCUGGGUGCAUCUGCCCUCUGAGUUCUUUCUGUGUGAUCUAUUUUUUAAGAAGAGUUUGUAUUAUUUUUUCAUAACGGCUGUAGCAACAGCUGCUGGGGUUUAGGGAUGGUUUUAUUUUGUUGUUUUGUUUUGUUUUAGGCGGGGUGGGGGUGGGAGGGCCAUUUCUUCACUCUGCUUCAGUUGACCAUCUAGGACGUUUAUAACUGUGAAGCUUUCUCAGUGCACUGUGAACGAGGACGAGCAUCUGAGCAGACCCCCGCGGGACCGAGACUGACAGAGGCAAGGCCCACUUGCCUCGGCCCAGUGACCGUGACAGAAGUGAACCCAAACUCGGAACAAUAAAAUCCAUUCUGUGCUCCCCA